AUGGCGACGACGGCGACGCGCCCGCGCGCGCUCGAGCUCUACCGCGCCCUGCUGCGAUGCGGGCGGUCGUUUAACGACUACAACGUGCGCGAGUACGUCAAGCGACGCGCGACGGAGUCGUUCCGCGCGAACGCGGCGCUCGCGGACGUCGACGCGAUCGAGUCGGCGCUCGAGGAGGGCGCGCGCGAGCUCGACGUCGCGCGUCGGCAGGCGACGGUGUACGCGCUGUACGGGGGGGCGAGGAAACCGAGCUCGAUGGACGUGCGGUGA